AUGGCCACAUGGCGCUCUCAUCGCGAUGAUGACCUUUCCUGUCCAAUUUGUGGAUGUAUUCUUAGUCAGCCGGUGGUGCUCACUUGUAGACACACAUUCUGCAAAGUGUGCCUCACAGACAGCUGGAAGAAACAAGGCGGCAGGGAUUCACAUUACUGCCCGCUGUGCUGGUGCCAGUCAUUCAUGGAGCAAAUAAUAGUCAGCGGCACGCUGCAGAGGUCCUGCGAGUCCUUCCGGGAGGACAGGAGGCACAAUGACCCAGAUGCUUGUAAAGAGCACGGGGAAAAGCUCAAACUGUUCUGUUCGGAAGACUUGGAGCCCAUUUGUGUGGUAUGCGAGAAAUCCUCUGCUCACACAGGCCACAGGCUCUGUCCUAUUGGAGAGGGUGUACAUAACUGCAAGAUGGAACUCAAGGGUGCACUGCAGCCUCUGAAACAGAAGUUGGAGCUGUGCAAGAAGGCAAUAACGGUCUGUGAGAAAAUGGCGGAGCACGUCAAGAUCCAAGCUGAACAUACAGAAACCCAAAUCAAAGAGGAAUUUGAAGCGCUUCAAAAGUUCCUGAAAGAACAGGAGGCUGCCAGACUUUCUGAUUUAAAAGCCGAAGAGGAAGAGAAGAGUCAGAUGAUCAAUGAGAGCAUUGAGGAGCUGAACAAUGAAAUGGCAUCUCUCUCCAACGCCAUCCGAUUAACAGAGCAGGAGAUGACGUCGCAAGACAUUCCAUUUCUGAAGAAAUAUAAGGAAACAAUAAAGAGAACCUGGCACAGUUCCCUAGAUCCAGAGAUAUUUUCUGGUGCCUUGAUUGAUGUGGCAAAGCACGUGGGCUCGCUGAGAUACAACGUGUGGGAAAAGAUGAAGAGGAUAGUUAAAUAUAAUCCUGUGGUUGUGGAUCCCAACACCGCAGCGAGCUGCUUCAUCCUCUCCAAUGACCUCACAGUUGUGCAGAACUGUACUCAACUCUUCAAGCUGCCAGACAAUCCAGAGCGCUUUGAUAUCAGUGCUGAGAUGUUGGCUGCCGAGGGUUAUUCUUCAGGGCGCCACAGCUGGGAAGUGGAGGUGAAGGACAACACCUACUGGGUGUUGGGAGUAGCCAGCAACACCAUCAACCGGAAGGGCAAGCACAUUCUGACACCAGCAGAGGGUUUCUGGACAAUAAGGUUCCGCAACGAUGAGCAUAAGGCCUGUACAGCACCGUGGCAGCCGCUGAACAUGACUACGAAACCCGAUGUGAUACGAGUGAUUCUGGACAUGGACAGAGGAAAGGUGACUUUUUAUGAUCCCAGACAGAGAAAACCUCUCUACACCUUCACAGAUAUCAUCACCUCCACAGCGUUUCCAUACUUUUGCACUGCAUGCAAAGAACAUCCACUGAAGAUUCUACCUGCAAAGAUACUGGUGUCAACAGACUAUUAACUCACUUUUUUUUUUUGCCAAGCAGUGUUUGUAAUUAUAGCUCAAUUCUAAAGGACUGAAGUUACCACAUGGCCACAAACUAAAAUAAUUAAAACAAUCCUUAUCCCAUGAAAGUUCUUGCCAGGGCGGCUCAAGCCUAUAUUAGCACAGUGGGUGAGAGGUGGAGCAAACACUGGACAUCUUGCCAAUCCAAUCACAAAACAGACAAACAUAUUUUAAAAUAUUUAAUUUGAGUUAAAGCAAAAACAUGUAUUGUGGGAGGUCAUAAUUUGUAAACCUCUUCGCAACAUAUUUAUAUUACUCAACAGGGAUUUGUUACAUAGAAAAACAUUGAU